UCUCUCUGCUAAUUUGAGCUCUCAUUCGCUCUCUGAAACCUUAAAGUCAAAAACCAAGCUGCCUAGGUUGCUCCACCAUGUUCUUCCCUUAAAACCUCCUACUCUCCCUCUAAAUUCAGACCCACCCAGAACCCAUUAUGCCCUUAAGUCUCUCACCGAACUCUCUCCAUCCCUCCACAUUGGCAUUUGCUCAAAUUUUUUCACAGAACUCCAACCUUACACAGCCAUGGCUUCCACACGUGCUUCUUCGGAAGCGACCCGUGACCCGAAUUUCCUGCGUUUCGACCCGACCCAAAAGAAAACCGGGAACGAAGACCGAGGACCCGGAUGUCCGUGAGGUGGUUCGUAUGCUCAUGAGGAGCUUCAGUGACAAAGAGCCCUUGUUGAAGACGCUCAACAAGUACGUUAGGAUUGUUAGAACUGAGCAUUGCUUUCUGCUUUUUGAAGAGCUUGGGAAGAGUGACGAGUGGCUUCAGUGCUUAGAGGUGUUCAGAUGGAUGCAAAAGCAGCGCUGGUAUGUUGCUGAUAAUGGCGUCUAUUCGAAACUGAUUUCGGUUAUGGGAAAGGAAGGCCAAACUCGGAUGGCCAUGUGGCUCUUCUCUGAGAUGCGUAAUAGUGGGUGUCGGCCUGAUACUUCUGUUUACAAUGCACUCAUCUCAGCCCAUCUCAACAGCAAGGACAAAGCAAAGGCUUUGGACAAAGCUCUCAGAUACUUUGACAAGAUGAAGGGGAUGGAACGGUGCCAACCGAACAUUGUGACAUAUAAUAUUCUUUUGAGAGCUUUUGCACAAUCUCGAAAUGUAGAGAAAGUUAACUCUUUGUUUAAGGAUCUUGAUGAGAGCAUUGCUUCCCCUGACAUCUACACGUAUAAUGGUGUAAUGGAUGCAUAUGGGAAAAAUGGGAAUAUCAGAGAAAUGGAAUCUGUUCUUUCUCGCAUGAAAAGUAAUCAGUGCAAGCCUGACAUCAUCACCUUCAAUUUGCUGAUUGAUUCAUAUGGGAAGAAACAACAAUUUGAUAAGAUGGAGCAGGUAUUUAAGAGCUUACUUCGUUCCAAGGAGAAACCAACACUUCCUACAUUUAAUUCAAUGAUCAUAAAUUACGGGAAGGCAAGGCUUAAGGAGAAAGCAGAAGAUGUGUUCAAGAAGAUGAUUGACAUGAGAUACACACCAAGCUUCAUAACCUAUGAGAGUCUUAUCAUGAUGUAUAGGGAGGUAUUUGACAGGUUGGCUGACUCUGGAAAGGAGCUAAAAGUGUCAACGCUUAAUGCGAUGCUUGAUGUCUACUGCAUGAAUGGUUUGCCCGUGGAAGCUGAUAAGCUUUUUGUGAACGGAAAUAAUAUUGGGGUGCGCCCAAAUGUAUCAACAUAUAAACUUCUUUAUAAGGCGUACACUAAAGCCAACAUGAAGGAGCUUCUAGAGAAACUGCUGAAGUGCAUGGACAAGGAUGGUAUUGUCCCUAAUAAGAGGUUCUUUCUAGAGGCUCUGGGAGUUUUCUCUUCACCAGGGAGUCCAGGGUCCGUGACUGCGAUCACUAGUUUGAGCAGGCCACAGGAUGGAACAAAAACUUAGGUAGAUAUGGUUAAUAACUUGGUUUGCAUAUUCUUCUGAUUUUUCUUCUGUUAGACUCAGGUUCCAAGCAAAGUUAGAAUAUAAACAGAGUUUCUGUUUCCAGCAUCAGAUAACUGUGGCACGCGGAAUUACAUAUUUACAUAGAUCUCAUUCCAUCGACAGUAAACGAUAUACUGUAAUAGUUAGUGACUCUCUCUCUCUCUACCUUGCGGCAAGCACAGGGACCUUCAUCUUCUUCUCAAAAAAUAGGAGAAUGCGAAGCCGCAUUUAAACGACUUAUAAGAACUGAAGCUAAGUGUUGUAGAAAUUUAUUAGAAAGAGUAGCAACCUUUCACUCCGGAAAGUUUUGGUUUGUAUUAUGUAGUUCAUUCUUUUCUGUUCUUAACAAUGUAACUGGUGAUGACACUCGUCUAUGGCCAGGGUGCUUAUCUGUGUAAACCCCGAUUGUUAUAUUGAAUAUACUGUGUAUUCUUUGUUAACUUCUCAAAUAAAUUAC